GGAUUUUCAAAAGAUGUGUAGUAACGUUGAGAUGAAGAAACCGAUUUUCGGUAGGGAAUGUGGUACAGUAGAUCCUCAUGAAAAUGUUUCAAAUUAUCAUAAUUAUUUAUCAAGAGAGAUUUCUACUAAUAGUAUAGAAAAAUAUAACUUAAAUGAAAAUUUAAGUGAUUUACAAACUGUUAGUGAAAUUUUUCCGAGUUACCCUGUUUCGAACUAUAACGGUUCACGUCCAGGAGCAUUCUUUUCUUGGCCACGGAAUAUUACAGGUGAAAGAGUAGAAAAGUAUGAUAGUCGAAGUAUAUCUUGCAAUGCUCUACUUGGAAUUGAAAUAGAACAUCGUCCGCCAACAAAUAUUCCAGGACCAAUUAAAAUGGCAUUUGGUAGAGCUGCACCUGGUUAUUAUGCACAAAAAUAUCCAAGUAAAGAAACAUGGUUCAAUUCCAAUGCAUUGCAUCGUCAUAUACCUAUAAUAAGAUUUAAUCCAUUUUCACGUAAUCUAGAUAACUAUAAAAACUAUAACAAUGAAUAUAAAGAAUAUUUAUAUAGAGUAAAUGAAUUGACAGAAUAUCAAGAUAAAUAUUUAACAAAUACUCCAUCGUUAUGAAAACAAAUCAGAUAAUCCUGUUUUAACUUUGAAGAUAUAAAAGAAAAUCAUACACACACGUAGACACAUAAAUUGUAGGUUAGUGACUUGACCUUGAGGAUGGGUCAAGAAGAAGUAAAAAAAUAGACACACUCUUCUGUUUUUUUUCUUGUUUUUUUCACUUUCAUUUCAUUUCAUUGAUUAACUUGUGCAAAUAAUGUUCGUUGUCUCAAGCAGUUUUUCACAUCAAUUCAUAUAAACAAAAUGAUGGGCUAUUUGAAGAUUUGUGAUUGUUUUCGUUUUUUUUGGCUUAUACCGUCAUAGGCAUAAAGUUGAUUAAUUAUUAGAAACUGUAUUGUUUUUAAUAUAGAAUAAAAUAGAUUUA